AUGAAACUCACUACAGCUUCUGAAGGUACGUGUGGUGAGGAGGAGUUAUAUCAUGAUGUUUCCCAAUAUCAAAGGUUGAUUGGGAAGAUACUAUACUUGACAAUAACUAGACCUGAUAUUGCCUACACAGUGCAAACUUUGAAUCAGUUUCUACAAAGGCCAAAGGUUCAACACUGGCAGGCUGCUCUCAGAGUUCUUAGAUACCAUAAAAAUCAACCAGGCUUGGGGUUAUUGAUGUCUUCACAGAAGAAUAUGAAGUUGACUGGUUUUUGUGAUUCAGAUUGGGUAGCAUGCCCAAACACAAGGAGAUCAGUUACUGGAUACUUGUUAAAAUUGGGAGACUAUCUUAUCUCUUGGAAGUCCAAGAAACAACCUACAGUUUCAAGGAGCUCUGCAGAAGCAGAAUAUAAGAGCCUAGCUUGUCUAACAGCUGAAAUUGUGUGGGUGACAAACUUGUUUAAAGAGUUGGGCAUCAAUGUUAAAGAACCAGUAGCUGUAUUUUGUGAUAAUAAAGCAGCCAUUCAGAUUGUUGAAAUCGAUUGUCACUUUAUUCGCGAAAAGAUUCAACAAGGGUUGAUUAGCACUAUCUACAUUCCUACAGGAGACCAACAGGCAGACAUACUGACAAAGGCUUUGGGGAAGUUGCAACAUGAUUUUUUACUAUCCAAACUAGGUGUUUUGAAUGUCUUCACCACACCUAGCUUGAGGAGGAGUAUUGAAGAUAAUGUGGACAGAGGCGUGACUUAA